UAAUGUGCGUCUUACGUUUUUUUUAUACAGACUUGAUAGUAAAAUACGCCUCGUAAUAAUAUAUACUUGAUGUAAAUAUUGUCUCGUGCAAUUGUAAUCAUGAAUCGUGGUGGAUCAUCGAAAGUUGUUCAACAUAACCUCUCUCCGAUGCUUCAGAGUGACCAGGAUCGCGAUUUUCUGCAACGCGAACCAACGCUCUAUACUGUCAAGGGUAUGGCCAUCCUUGACAACGAUGGUAACAGAAUAUUAGCCAAAUAUUAUGACAAGAACGUGUUUUCUACGUCGAAGGAGCAGAAAGCAUUCGAAAAGAAUCUUUUUAAUAAGACGCAUAGAGCAAACGCAGAAAUUAUUAUGCUAGAUGGUUUAACCUGUGUUUAUAGAAGUAAUGUCGACUUGUUUUUUUAUGUUAUGGGAAGUUCUCAUGAAAACGAGCUUAUCUUAAUGAGCGUCUUAAAUUGCUUGUACGACUCGGUUAGUCAAAUUUUAAGAAAGAACGUCGAGAAAAGAGCUGUUUUGGAUAGCCUAGAUAUAGUUAUGUUAGCCAUGGAUGAAAUCUGUGAUGGAGGGAUUAUUCUCGAUGCCGAUGCUUCCAGUGUUGUUCAGAGGGUAGCAUUGCGAACUGAUGAUAUUCCACUCGGAGAGCAGACAGUUGCACAGGUUCUGCAAUCGGCGAAGGAACAACUAAAAUGGUCUUUAUUGAAAUAAGUAUUAUACAUAGAAAUCGUAUUAAAUAUUUUAUAAAACUUGCACUAUCUUAAGUGUAAAUGUAAACAUUUCUGGAAUACUGAUCA